AAACUCAGACUGAAUUAGUCAGUAUCUUACCCGCGAAGGGAUCCCCUUAUUUGUUCGUUGUGAUUUAUUUGGUAACUAAAUUGUCGCUGCAAUAAUUGGAAAGUUUACGUAGUUUCAUUGAAACUUAGGCUAAACUACCAUUGAGCAUCCCUAUGGCUUUGGAUAACAUUCCACUAUUGUUGACACAAUCAUUUCUUGAUCUUCGUGAUGAGUGCUAUUCCCUAAUGGGCAAAAGAUUUUCAAAUAACAAUCGUUUACCAAAAAACACAACAAUAUACGCCUACGCCAAACUAUUCGCCCAGUUCUGUUUAUUGUCUGAGGAAUUGGAGAGGUGGCUUAAGAGAGUUUGUAAACUGGCUUUUGAAGGACGUUUGGCAUAUGUUAGUCGUUCAGAAGCUUAUAUGAAUCAGAAUUACCUUGGGUGUAUUAACAAUCGAGACGUUGACCUCAAUCGUUUACGUUCCCUGGCCAACCAGCUUUUGGUUAUGUCCGGAAAGACCUCUGAUUCCGCAACUGUUAUAUCUGCUGAAUCACCGGAAGAUUUUCUUGGUGUCAGUAUUUCCAAUCGACUUCAAGAAAUCGAAACCAUGUGGAAUGAUAUUACGAAUCUCGUUCAACCGAUGAGCUUAUUUCACGACCCAUCACGUACAAUAAGAGAUGUUGAACUGGACGUCCAAGAAACGGAGGCAAAGCUUUGCUCAAUCAGUAGACGAACUUUUGACCUGCAGACCGUACUAACCAAGUCGAUCAGAGGAACAUGUAGUCUGAAUUCGGAUAUGAGUGUCCUUGAGGCUGAGCAUAUCUCUCUCAAAAGAUCCAUGCAAACGCUCUCCGCCGCUGGCUGGUUACUUUCACAGCUCCAGAUGUUUAGUGUCGAAAAUAAUCCACAUUUAUAUGGAGGUGAAACUUUUGAUUUCCUUAUCUGUAAACUUACUGAGAAUAUCGAUAAGUUAACUCACAGAGGCUGGUCUCUUUGGUUUAUGCACCUCGAGUUACUUGAACGCUGGAAGUAUCUAUCUAAAAGUCGGAGUUCUUUUGAAAAUCUAAAUGUUGAAGUGAACAAUCGGACUGAUUAUUCAACUUCCAGUGUAUAUUCACUGUGUUGUUCAGAAUCAGGAUUUGCAAGUGAUGCUGACCAAUUCCUAACUUGUCAAUCAACAGAUCAAUUCGAGUCCAAAAAUAGAAAAUCGUUUUCUUCCGUAAAUGAUAAUAUUCGUUCUCAAUCCUCAGACUGUUUAUGGACUUCCAAUACAGAUUCAAACGAUUCAGAGGCAAUCAGUGACUCACCUUCUGGUUUAUUCCAUGGAAUUUAUGAUCGUACACCAACUAAAUUGGUCAGUUCUUCUACGGAGCGUAAUGGAAAGAGUGACGAUAAUGAUAAUGACAAGACUAAUAAAUAUAAAUACUUUGCAAAACAGUCCAAAUAUCCGUUUGAUAUCUGUUUCGAACAAACGAAUUCCCUAGAAUAUUUUAACCGUAAUAACCUGAAAAUGCAUGUGGCAGACAAUCAUGAUUUGGGUUUUGUUUAUUCACGUUUUCAUUCCAGUGAUUCAGGAUUGAAACGCAAAUGCUCUUCUGCAAAUCGAAUUCGACUUACUUCUUGGAGUGGAGAAGAUAUAUUUAAGAUGCCCGUUGGUAUUUUUUCCUCAAAGGAUCAUAAACGUCAUCAGUUCAUAGCAACAUGUGGUGUUUUGCCCCCUGGCACUUUAGCUGGUCCUAAACAAUACAAUUAUAGAAAGUUACGAAGAAACUCAUUUACGUCUUUAUUAUCCUGUAUAGAUAACCAUUCAGAUCCAAAUGCUGUUGAUCUACGUGAAACAACAAAUCAUAAUUUAAACGGAACUAGCUGUUCAGAGUUAUUGCCAACUACAGAAUUCGAGUCAAAUUCAUAUCGUUCCAGUUCUCAACAGUCCCCUGAUCUUUUAUCAAUAAUUAUUCCUCCGAAUAAUUUAAACAACAAUAAUAGUAAAAAUGUUAAAAAUAAUGCUGAACAUGUUGAGAUAUUGAAGAACUCUAAUCAUGUUCAUAAGGACAAUGGUCUAAUGUAUGGUAUUCAUGUUCAUUUCGAUGAAAAGCUCCCUAACAUCCAUAGAGAUGAUGAUAAUGCUGAUGGACUGGAAUGGGAUGAUUUGGGUGAUUUGCAAAUUGCAAAGUCUGAUUCCCCAUCACUGUUGCCGAGUAAUGAAUCAGUCGACACAUUGAAUGGAUCAAUAGUCAACACUGGUGGAUCUAUUCUUCCCGGCUCGCCACUUACACUUGCUGCCGAGGCAUUAGUCUCUCCUUGUUUUCAGUUGACUGAAUCCCACAUUCAGCAUCUCAGUCAAGUUGGUAUCUCACAACAAAAAUCUCAUGCAGAGGUCUCUUCUUUAUAUCCCUCACAUCAUUCAGAAAUUUCUAUACUAAUAAACAAUUUGUCUGUCAGUCAAAAUAAUUCUUAUUAUUCUCCGGAAUCUGUAAAAUCCUGGGAAAAAAAUUUUGAGGUACAGAAGUGCGAAUCGUCUUGUGCUAAAAUUGAAUUGCAUACACCACAUCCUGAUACAAUAAAUGAAGCAUAUCAUUACAAUCGGGGCAACAAUAAUCAUACUAAAUUAGAAGCUGCUUCUGUUACCGAUUUGCCCGAUAGUUCGUUGGUAAAUGAACCUGAUAUUCUCCCUCUUUUAACAUCAAUACGUCGGGACGCACUUCCACUUACUAAACUAUUAUUACGUUUAGAAGAAAAAUCUGUGACUGGAUUGCUGGAUUCGGAUUUACAAGUUGAUGAAAAUCUAUACUCACAAAAAUUGAAGGACGAACGUCGACAACUGGAUAUUGAUAAAAGUUAUCUCACGCAUUAUGGUAAACGUCUUACUCAGUGGACUAAUACUAUGGAUAAGUUAUUGGAUUCUCUUCCACAUGAGGAAGCAGACUAUAAAACACAAUUACAAACUUCAUUAUCAAUCGCUUUAAAUACAUUUGGUGAUUGGUUAUCAGCUCUUAAGGCAAGACAUACUAUGGCUUUGUGGGUUGUAAAUUGGCGUUCAUCUAUGUUUGAUCAUUUAGUAGGAGAAAGCUAUGACGCGAAUGUAUCGUUGUUGGGCAUGAAACAACGUGUUCAGACAGCUAUUCAUAGAGCGCAGGAGGUAUUAAAACAACUUCUACAGUCUUAUGAUGAGUUUACGUCAUCUACUGAUAGUAUUGACCACUGUUUAAAUGAAAUACAUUCUGAUCUUGGUGUAAUUUCAACCUAUUCAUCCAAUGAGUUUCUAAACACUUUAGAAGAACUACGUGAUUUACAUGAAAAUCUGUGGACUAUUCAGUCACGUUUGGGUUCAUGUUACUUAUUCAAUGACUUCUGGAAAUUUUCCUGUAAAUCAAACAUUAUUGUACAACAUGAUUGUCAUAAUCCUUUCGAUCAUUAUGGUAAAGAAUUGAAUGUCAAUAUAUCAAAAUGCUCCAUUGCCAAUUUAAUUCAUUUUUCUUGUGAACUUCGUCAUAAAAUUUUAACUAUGAUUCGUGAUUUAGAAUCGGCAAUAAUUAAACAAUCAAAUGCAAUUAUAGUUAAAACAAAACGCUUGUCAAUUUACCAUGCAAAACAACAGUUAAUUGAUUCACAUAUUCCUUUCACUGUAGAAAAAGACAAAGAAGUGACUGACAAUGUGAUUUCAUCAAAUGACUCGGUACAAGUGGACAACUAUGAUCUCCAUACUGCAGUUGGUCAUUUACACUCACGUUCUUUUCUCUGUUUACUGUAUCACACACUUUUCUCACAAACUUAUUCUAAUAGUUUACCACAUUUUAUAAUCAGUAUCGAUAAACGGUCAUUCGGAAGAUGUUUCUUAAUCUUUCUACUUAUUUUUAUUGUAUUUGUUUUGUUUGAAUCGUUCUUUGGUGAACGUUCCAUAACUUCGCUCAUGUCUCUUGGUAAUGGUUGUCGUAGUGAUGGUCCGGUCGUUGAACUAAGCACAAAUCAUUUAGUGAAAUAUUUUACCUGCUUUCAACUUCCCAAUUCAAACAAUGUGAUUUGGUAAUUCUUUAUUUACACCUUUAUAAAUUUGUAUAUUUUGAUUACCAUCAUGGUUAUAAAUGUUAAAGUCAUUUUUCUACUGGACUGUGUUUAAUGCGUCUACGAUCAUACGAACUAGAUUUCUUUCUACUUUUAUCAUGUGUGUUUUUACAUUUACCAUGUUGCGAAUUUGUUUUGUACAGUUGUUUUCUUUCUUGAUAUUUACUUUCAUCCUGUAUAAUCAUUAGUUGAAGUAAAAAGCUUUUAUUUCCUGAUGAUGGUAGUAAUUUUCCCCUUAAUAUUUCAUAAAGUUGAUCGACCUCCAAUCUUUUGUGGGGCACUGUGACUUGGGUUGUGUUCUAACAGUGUCUACUGAUAACUAAGGAUGGAAUUCAGCAUUUUGAUCCUUUGGAUACUCAUCAUUUUAAUCCUUACAUAUCUCAUUGAAAAAUUGGCACUCUUAUAACUUAAACGAUAUGUGUGUCUCUUCUGAGAUUUUGACUUUUCUCAUAUCCAUCACUUCAACUUUAGAUUUCAUUCGUUCUAGCAGUUGAUUGGUGUGCUGCAUGCUUGAAUUUAGCUUGGAACAUAGGAUUUCAUGAAAGGUUUGGUAUUACUGAAGUUCGUUAUUUAUCGGAGCAUGUCAAUCUUGCGUUAGACAUUAAAUUAUUCUGUCAAUAUUUGAAGGAAUUAUUAUCGAUGUAUAACUUGAUUACUUUUGGAUACUUCAGUUACGCUCUUCUUUUUUUAUGCACAAAUCGGAAGUAAUCAAUAAAUAAUUCAGGGGGUUUAAUUGAGUUGAAUAUUCUACUUCUUGUUAUACAUAUAUACUGAGCGAAUACUAAACAAACGAAACUUAAAGCAGGUCUCAUUCAUUCACCGCAAAAUUUAAUCAACUGAACUUAAAAGGCCACGUAAUUCCCUUUCUUAUCCUCCCUAAUAUAUGUUGAGAAUUAUGGCUUCCUUCAAAUCUAGUUAUUAACGAAAAUUUCGAAUUAGACCAGUUCACUUGUGCACGGAAAUUUAUGCUGUUUAAAGGGUUUCUCAGUUUUCUUCUAGGGUGUCCAUUCGUAAAAGUAUGAAGUAAUAUUAUUCAACAGACAAAUUUGGCGUUGGUUU